AUGGCGCCGCCCACCUCGCUCGCCGAGCUGCGUGCACUCAAGCGCACAGAGCUGCAGGCCCUCUGCAAGGACAACAACAUCAAGGCCGGCGGCAAGAACGAGUACCUCAUCAACCAGCUUGCCAGCAAGUUCGCUCUCGGCGACACGGCGACAGCUUCCCCGUCGACUUCUACGACCACGAGCAAGACGCCCCAGAGCACCGUCGACAAGGGCAAGAAGGCCGUCGCACCUAGCCCGGUCGCAGCUCUCGACACGGCCGAGGCCUCCUCGCUCGAAAACAUCUCUCUGCCUUCCGCCCUGCACUCGCUCUCGGUCCAGGUCACGUCGCUCAAGGCAGAGCUCGAGCGCCAGUCGGCAUCUCUCGACGAGCUCAAGCGCGCCGCUCCUGUCGAGCCCGUCACCAUGGGCGCGGUCGAGGGCCUCGUCAAGCGCAAGAUCGAGGCGUUCGAGCACGACCGCCGCGACGAGGUCACCGACCUGCUCAAGGAGCGCGACGACCGCAUCUCGCUCCUCUUCUCGAGCCUCCACGAGCAAGAUGAGCUCGUCUUGAACCUCGCCGACAACCUCGACGAGCUCGAGAAGGCCGCUGUGCCUAAGUGCGCCAAGUGCGAGCAGCUCGAGGCGGCCCUCGACACCCUCCGGCGUGACGUCUGCUCGCGGCUCGACCGCCUCGAGGCUCGCCCGGCGCCCCACCCCGUCGCGACCAGCACUCCCGCCUUCGUCGAAGCGCCGCCUACGUCAUCGCGUACCGUCCCGAUGGCCAGCCCUGCCCUCUCGGACGCGCCGCCGACCCGUUCCCUCGUCUCGUUCCUCCCGCCCACCGGCUCUCCCUCCACCCCGGCGUUCGCCCUCGACUCGCCCCUCAUUGCCCAGCGCCAGAGCGUCGGUGCGCGCAAGGGCACGCCCUUCAAGGCCGGCGCACUCGCCCACGAGGACGAGCCCGUCACCGCCGUCCCGAGCCACAUGCUCGCCGCCGUCGCGUCUGCGGGCCGCCUCAGUCAGCGCGGCACGCCGUUCCGCAUGCCCGACGACGACGACGCGGCGAGCCCGGCACCUGUUGCCGCAGCGCUCGGCAAGCACGCGCGCUCGUCCAUCCUCGUCGGCGCCGAGCGCACCGACUGCGCCGGCCGCCAAUCUCUCGCGCCGGCGUUCGGCACGUCGUUCGCCGCCGAGGCGAGCGUCAACUCGAACGACGGCUUCCACACGGCGCCCGUCUCGGUCCAGGAGCCGGCCGGUGAGGUCGGCGUGGGCGCGAGCGCGAGGGAGGGCGACAUGCGCCUGAGCAAGCGCGUGCGCGUGAGCUCGGCGUGCAGCUCGGGCUCGAUCGUCGACAACGGCGAGCCUGAGGACAGUACGACGGGCGAGGGCGAGGACGACGAGGAGCCGGUCGACUCGUUCGCGCGCGAGGAGGACGAGCGCGACCCGGACGCGCAGAGCGAGGCCGACGCCGAAGUGCGCGACUACCUCGUCGCGACCAAGACGGGCGACUCGCCCUCGACGGCGCGCAAGCCCGCCGCCGCCAAGUCGGCGCCGCACUCGCCCGCCGUCUCGAUCCACGACCCGAGCUUCUUCGCCUCGGCCGCCUCGUCGCCCGGGCCGCGCACGACCCUCACCCCGACGCGCCGCACCUCGACCUUCUCGUUCACGUUCGGCCCCGGCGACGAGAACGUGCCGGGCUCGUCCGCCCUCUCGACGUCCGCCACCGCCGCGGCCUCGACGAGCCGCAAGUCGCUCCCGCUCGCCGCCCUCCCCUUCCCCAUCGUGUCGCCCUUCCGCGCCGCUCCCUCGCACGCCACGAGCGCCCGCAAGGGGACGCCGGGCACGAGCGCGAGCGCCAAGAAGGCGACCAUGGCGAGCUUCUUCGGCGGCAGCGCGACGGCGAACCGCUCGAGCGCAGCCGGCGCCAGCCUGUUUGGCGCCUCGGCCGCGCCCUCGGCGUUCGCGUCGGCGAGCAAGCCUCGCGGACGUGCGGGCACGCUCAGCCUCGGCGGCGGCAGCUCGUCGUCGUCGUCGUCGGCGAUUGGCAAGCUGUCGACGCCGCUCGCGCCGAGGACGCUUUUCGGGACCGAGGGCGGCGGCGAGGGACGGUUCGGCGAGGCCGAGGGAGAAGAGGAGGAGGUCGCGAGUCCCGCCAAGGGCGGCUGGAGGUGGGAGCGUGGGGCGUUCGGCGCCGUCGGGACGCUCUGA